AUGGCGACCUACGCAGCGAUUAAGCCGGCCAAGGCUGGAUUGGAAGAGCCGCAAGAGCAGACUCACAAGAUCAGGAUUACUCUUUCCUCCAAGAAUGUGAAGAACCUAGAAACGGUCUGCGGAGACUUGAUUCGCGGGCUAAGGACAAGAGGAAGUCUCCUUGUGGAGAAGGUACCAACACAAGUGGUGAAGCAGAUCACCUCCAUUACCAUCGAGCCUGGUGUUGAGGUGGAAGUCACAAUUGCUGACUCUUAG